UGGUCGCAGGUCUUUGGAGUACUGAUGCUGCACGCUUGCGUUGAGGUGUUCACACCGUAGCCCCCGUUGCCGUCUUCCCCCGGGCUCGUCCCCCCCCCCCCCCUUGGGGUAAUACUCGUUACCCUCCCCAGGGAACAGACACAGUCACGUACAAGUUCCGGCCUCGGACGAUAAUCGGUUCCAGCUGCGCGCGAUGGGUGAGACGACGCCGUCUGCGAGUGGGAUGGACAUGUCCUACCGGAAGUUCUGCGCAGAGGUCUUCAGCCCUCCCCCGGUCGUCGAGACGCCGCCGCCGCCCGAGUGGGAGCGGCCGGUGGGCUACGAGCAGGACUACGAGGCCGCGGGGACGACGGUGGACGGCGAGCCGACCAUCUUCAUCAGCAUCGCCUCCUACAGGGACGACCUGUGCCACAACACCAUCCGGGAGGCGCUGCGAAUGGCAGAGCACCCGCGCCGGCUCUUCUUCGGGGCCGUGGAGCAGAGCAUCCCCAGCCAGGGCGACCUGCCCUGCAAUUUCACGACCGUGCCCUGCGACGCCGACCCGAGCCAGCUUCUCUCGGCAACAGGUAAGAGCGACGUUUCGCCGGAGUGACCUUUGGUGCGGGCCCGGUGGGAGCCCCGGAUGGCUGCAUGCGACGCGAUCGCAGCGGCUUGCGCGCUCGCGUUGCGCGACCUCUGAUGGCGCGACGUUCGGGGGGGCGCGCAGCGGCCCCCGAGCCCGCCGAAAGUCUCGCAUCAAUCGGGUGUUGCCAGACGCGCCCCCGGCCCAAGGUCCGAACAGGGGAUCGCCUACAGCAUGGCUUCACCCCAACA